CUCUAUUAUAUACGCUAUAAUAAGGAGACCGAGCUUACUUCAACUAACGACUUUAAAAACGCGGGUAUAAUUAAGAUCGGGCAUAACUUAUAUUACUACUUUAUAUAUAUUAAUAUAACGGGCUAUUUAAAAAUACUAAGGGCUACUAAGCUAUUAAAAUAUAUUAAAUAA